GUUCGCUCCACGACGAUUUUUUCCAAGAUGCGUUGAUUCACACACCGCCGCAGCCCUCGUCGACGCUUGACGCUGCCUUGUGGCUCGCGUGCCUUCAAUAAACGAAGCUUAUCGGCUUUCAGCGAGGCGCCGCUCAGGUUGCGUUGCCAUAUGUCGGAGUCAGGGCACAGCCAGCCUGGGCUAUAUGAACGCCGUCGCCGCUGGAACCGCGAUAAGGAGCUGGGUCACCAGAGUCUGUCUGGGCCGGGCCGGGAUCGUGACUAUGUCCCCUGGGACAGAGACAGAGACCGACGGGACCCUGUGGAUGAGCCAGUGGGAACCGUGAUGCAGAAGACACCUAUCAUCCUGGCCAAGCCUCCAGCUGAGAGGUCCAAGGGAGCCCCAACUCCCGCUCCCACUCCAGCCCCUGCUGCUGCUCCGGCCAUCGAGAAGCCUAUUGUUCUGAUGAAGUCGCGGGAGGAAGGCAAAGGCCUUGCAGGACCAACGGAGACGUCCGCUCAGCCUGCUGCAUCUGUUGCCAAGGUGGAGAAGGAGGGCCAGCGUCCCACGCAGCCAGUCUAUCAGAUCCAGAACAGAGGCAUGGGUUCGACGGCCCCCAGCGGCGUCAUGGACCCUGUAGUAGGGCAGGCCAAGCUGCUGGCUCCAGAGAAAAUGAAACACAGCAUCAAGCUGGUGGAUGACCAAAUGAACUGGUGUGACAGCGCCAUUGAGUACCUCCUGGAUCAAACAGAUGUUCUGGUAGUUGGGGUUCUGGGACUGCAAGGUACUGGCAAAUCCAUGGUGAUGUCACUGCUAUCAGCCAAUCAGCCUGAAGAGGAUCAGAGAACCUAUGUAUUCCGUACUCAGAGCCAGGAGAUCAAGGAACGCGGGGGCAACCAGACCAGUGGAAUUGACUUCUUCAUCACUCAGGAGCGUAUUAUCUUCCUUGACACCCAGCCCAUUCUCAGUCCCUCCAUCCUAGAUCACCUGAUCAACAAUGACCGAAAGCUGCCUCCAGAGUAUAAUCUACCCCACACCUAUGUUGAGAUGCAGUCCCUCCAGAUUGCUGCUUUCCUCUUCACUGUCUGCCAUGUGGUCAUUGUGGUGCAGGACUGGUUCACAGAUCUGAGCCUGUACAGAUUUCUUCAGACAGCUGAGAUGGUGAAACCCUCCACUCCAUCCCCGAGUCAUGAAUCCAGUGGCUCCUCUGGCUCAGACGAAGGCACAGAAUACUAUCCGCACAUUGUUUUUCUCCAGAACAAAGCCAAGAGGGAGAAUUUCUGCCCCCGGAACUUGAAGCAGAUGCACCUUGUUAUUGACAAAAUAAUGAUGCACUCGCACCUGAAGUAUAAAGGUACUCUCUCAAUGCUGGAAUGUAACAUAUUCCCUGGCUUACCUCAAAAUUACCUGGAUUCAGAGGUCAACUUGUUCUUACUGCCCUUUAUGGAUAUGGAUGGAGAUGAUACUCUGCCCAGAGCUGCUCCAGGAAGUGGCCCUCUCUUCUCUCUCUUGCCUGGAUAUAAGGGACACCCCAGUUUCCAAUCUCUAAUUGCCAAGCUUCGAAGCCAGAUUAUGUCUAUGUCCCGGCCUCAACUCUCCCACACCAUCCUGACUGAAAAGAACUGGUUCCACUAUGCAGCUCGCAUCUGGGAUGGUGUGAAGAAAUCCUCUGCCCUUUCUGAAUACAGUCGGCUGCUGGCAUGAGCAUGAAGACAUCAUUGCCCUGAAGUUACUGAGGGCCGGCCAGGCUUUCCCAUCCCCGAGAUCAGUGAGCAGUGGGAUCUGUGCCCUCGUCCAGAGGCACAAAGUGAUGUGUGAUUCCCAGAGAGGGGAGCUGGAGCUAGAGUAGGCACCAACCUUUAAGUGGUGCCAACCAAGAUGGCAGGAGCAAAAGUGCAGAAUUCAUGUUGUGUCCUUACUAGGCCACCAUACUGCAUACGCCACCCAGCACAGAACUCUGCUCCCUUUCUGGUUUCCACCUUCAUAGAGAGAUGGAAGAACUCUUCAAGGGUUUGCCAAUCCUACAGUUUCCUCUACCAGGGCAGGAAUUAUGUUAGGAUGGCUUGCAAUCUUUUACUAUCCUGAUGGGAGUAGAGAGGCUCCUUUGAUGUUGCAAUGUUGGGCAGGGGCUAAAGAUCAGCAGGGAGUUAAUGUGGUUGCUUUAAAUAUUUUUGGAUGUAUAUUUCCAUUUCUUCCAAGUGUUGUUUAUCUGCUUCCAUUUUUUGAGGAAGUGUACCCAACUCUCUCUCUGCACCUCAGCCCUUCCCUUGACCAACACCCAGCAUUAUUCUCCUCUGUUGCAAAGUGGGUAAAACACUUUUUCCUUUGCAUGAAUAUUCCAUUUUUGUUUAAUAAACUGUUAAAGCUG